GCAGACGUUGCACGUGCCCUUGUCCAUGAAGUACAACUGCCCGAGCCAGUCUACGUGGAAGCUGGCCGUGACGUCACUGCUCACCGUGCUGCGCGUUGGUCUGCCCAUCGCACACAACAACGAGGCCCACUUCAAGGACCUGUGGUCCGACCUGGCCGCGACGCUCGAGGAGUUCCUGUUCUCGUCCAGCAAUCCACCACCAACCCAGAGCCUGGAGGACCAGCAGUGUGAUGAAAUGUUAGACUGCAAGGUGGUACAGCUUAUACGAGAGAUCAUUUUGCCACAUUCAAGCCACGUGCCGAAAGAUUUCGUGCUCAAGAUUGUUGCCCUCCUGAACAAGGGUUCUAUUCACUCAGCGACAAGUAGUACACCUGUUGAUACAGAGUCUACACGCAAGCUGCGUGAAGAGUUCGCCAAAGCCUGCUUUGAGACGCUACUGCAGUUCUCUUUCCUUGGCGGCAUUGUGUUGCCGGAGGGCGGCGUUGUCAACCGCCUGGCUGUCACUUCGCUCCUCCAUCGGUUCCAGGAGGUUAUCUGCCAUUAUGUGGAAGAUGAGCAGCUAAGUGGCAAAUGCCCUCUGCCGCGGCAUCGCAUGGCCGAGAUAUCCUUUGUUCUCAAAGCAGUGGCAACGCUCACCGCUUCGCUCAAGAAGGCACCGCCAAAUAAUGUUGAAUGGAGUGUCUGGGAACAACUGAUCGCCCUGUAUCCCCAUCUCGUGAGCUGUAGCACGUCGACGUCAGCCCAAGUUUGCCGAUCGCUGCGAGAAGCCCUCCACGAGUAUGCCGAUCUGCUGGCGCCGCCCCGGUCACCACCGCCUCAAAGAAACGGGGGCCGUCCAGCUGCCACUUAGCCUUUCACAAAACUUUAUUCUAAAAAUCACCCUUUCCGCCAUCGCAGUGUGACAACAUCGGAGUCUGAACUUUCGCCAUCCAGGUUCUCGAAGCGUGAACACUUUGUUUAAACGCAUUACCUGACGUUGUUCAACGUUCUGGGAUCUCCCACUGCUUUGAAAACUGUGGCUAUGGCUAUUGUGUGAUCAGUUUUGCACUUAUGCUAAAGGUGACAGGAUCGCUAGUUGUUUUCUCCCUGGCCCUGCUGUUAAGUGCAAGCAUGCCCGGUGUUUUCCAAGAUCAUGGUCAUUGUGUUGCAUACUUCAGUAACUGUAACAGAAGUCAUGUAUGCCAUAGUGCAGUUGUGUUUAUCGUGCCAACGACGUACGAUCUGCUGCUGAAAAGGUGACUGCUGCCCAUGGCGGGGAUACCGGAGAGUUAUUGUUUCCCCUUCCUUGGCAGCAUUGAAAAAUAACAAAGGGGGGACAAAGGCUUUGACUUUUCCUUUUUUUUUUUUUUCUUAUUGCUUGAACUAGCAAGUAACGAGCCAUAACACUAAACUAAUGCAAGAGACAUCAGGAAGGCAUUCGUUCACGUGAAAGUCUACUAAACUGCAACAUUAAAUACACAAACUUACUGUAGGCUCAGGGGUGUUGUACUAAUUGUUAAUCGACCUGAGAGUAGUUAAUUCAAGUGACAUUUUCUCAAAUGGUAUUUCACUGCAUCUAAUUUUUAAGGCAAAAUACCAGUGGCUAUGCUGUCUCUUUCAUACUUAUGAACAGACAUUUUUCGUGGUCAAUGAGGACACAUGCUUGCAUAGUGUGUUGAGAAUAGCGGUAUGACAUGUGGACACGUCACCCUAAAUUAAAAUUGAGAUGUUUGUUUACAUUCAAGAAUUCAAGGUGACUUGACAUACAUUUCUCACUCUUAAAGGGACUUUAUUUGUAAAUUAACCUUCACCGUUACCAGGAAAGGACCCAAAAACGAAACACAGGUGGCAACACUACCUUGAAGUUCCCACACUAGCUUGCCACGAUUUCAUGAAUUUUGAUACUGUCAGCUCGGGCCUUGUUAGUUUUUUAUAGCUAUAGAUGGACUACAUUGUACUUUAAAAGUGCCAAAGACUGGCCUUGGCAAGUUUUGAGAGCUUUUACUAAGUAAGCUGCUACGAGCCAAACAUGAAGAAAAUAAGUCUAACCUCGAUAUAACGAAUUAUUGGAUAUAACGAAUUAAGCAUAAAGUGUCUCGUCACUUUACAAUGUAACAGGUGUAUGUUUUUAACGAAUAUCAUACAUAACAAACUUUUUUCUUGUUUUUCUUUUUUUGGUGUUGGAUGCGACUUCAUUAUCAUGAGGUUUGACUACAUUAAAAUUCACGACGUCUCGCUGACAUCUCGGCGCUGCAAUUUUAGCGCAGAAUUUUUUUAAUCGGAACUUAGACUUUCACUUUCUCGUUUUUUAAUCACCCUAUUAUUGCGAAAUUAAUGAAAAUAGUUUUGAAGGCAUACUUUAUCAGUCUUGGCUGAUUUAGUGUUCUUCUUAAGUGCCCCGUUAAGGUCCUUGUGCAAGGACUAUUAAAAUAGACCUCUUGGAAAUGUUGUUAGCUUGAAAUACAAAGCAAACAAGACGUGAGACUAAUACUUUUCUCACAUUGUGUGUGCGACUUCAAAUCUCGCAUGACUGAGUGGCGAGUGGCUACAGCACUUCGUGACAAGGGUCAUCCCGCUUCUGUGUUUGCCCUGCACCAUUUUGACUGCAUUCAACUUUUAUGUAGGUGGAACAUUCAGGCCAUAGUUUGGAAUUCUCCAGAUUUAUAUCACUGCGCGUAAUGUUGCUGUAAAUCAUUUUGUCCAUAUUGAGCUCCGCACUGGCAUGAGUCACUAGAGUGCUGUUUGGGUGCAACAGUUGUGUAGCCCGCAGGGCUUUCCAAAAGAGCAUCGCCUUUAUGUUAUCACUUGGAAUGUGUGUCACUAGCUUUUUCCGCGACAUCUACCGUAGGAAGUGAACUAUUUCAGUGCUUGAAGCAUGUGUUCGAACCGAUGCAAUGGAUUGGGCAAUGUACUGUGUUCUGACAAGUGUACUGCUUUCAAUAAAGCCCACGAAUGUUUCUGUAGGUCGUAGACUGGCGGCAAACUACAGUAGAAGCUCUCUAAUAUGUUUUUCACAGUACCAUGGGAAUAGAAUAGAGCUGGUAAGUGUAUCACCAUUGUGUGCUGUCUGCAUCACAAGUACUGGGUUUGAAUGUUGUUUCAGUGAGAAACGUAUUACGUGUGAGCCCUACUAUGUUUGUUGUGAAGGGGAAGUCUUCCAGUUCUUCUAGCAAAGCGUUCUUUUUUUUUUUCCCUAGGAGCGGACUGCUGCAAACAGAAUUUCAAGUAUAUAACACAGUACUGAUGGUACAUUUGACUGGACGUUUUCGAGCACUCUAUGACACCCUGGCGGCCCGGUUUACAUUCGGCUGGUUGAAAUUGAGUGCUCGGAACACGUUCGCCUGGUUCGUUAAGAGCGCUUGGAGGUGCUCUCACCUUCAAUCUAGAGUGCACCCAAGUUUUGGCAGAAUUACGAUUUUUCUGGGGACAGCUGAAUGCUCCUCUGAGGCGAGCUUUCUUAGGCUAUAAUCAAUAGAGGAAUGCGCAUUGUUGUCAACUGAAACUGAGCGCAGUAGGAACCAGUCGAAUGUGCCAUACUACUUUCCUGUAACUCCUUCACUUCUGAUGUUCAGACUUAUUUGGAACUGGCUUAGUUGUUUUGUUAGGUAUCUGAAUUGUUCACUGCAGUGGUGGUUUUGUUUUCUGGGUUAUUUCCUUGCCACUAUAAACCUGAACGUGUGCCACAUUUCAACCAUCGCUACUGCAACUGUUGAGACAACGACAGAAAAGAAAAGUCAGCACCACUGCCUGGCUAGGUCGUCUGCAAAAGCUAAGACUAACCGAGACAUGAAACGAGGUUGUUGUCAGCUACAAGCUGAACGUCCAAAGCAUUUUCAUUUUUAGCCUCUCUGUAUACACAAAAGCAUUAGUUAAUCGUGUCACACUACCACCUAAGAAAAGGUAAGGAGCAGUACAGUCUUGCUGAGCAGAACUGUUUAUUGUUAGCACUUUGCCUCAGCUUAUGCUUUGAAUAAUUUGUAUAAAUACAGUUUUAUAUAGACAAGUUGCAUGUGUCUAGUACAGGCAAAAUGAGCAGACAGCUAUGUUGACACUUCUGCUCUUCUUCGCUGUACACAGCCUCCAGCAAGAAUCUUUGCCUCUUAACCAUUGAAAAUUCGGUCAGUGUAUUAAUCUAAUUACCUUAAGGAAAAAUUAAUGUCACUCAAUUCUGUUUACUUAUGUCUUUUUGCCCGCACAGGAUGCGACAGCAGCACCACCUCAUCUGUGUUUUUUUUACUACUGCAUGCCAGAAGCUUGCAAAACCCAUCAAUGCUGUUUUCGUUUCUCACACUUAAGUUUCUCACUUGCAUAUAUGGCUGGAUUGGGAGCCUGGUGCUUUAUUCCAAAAUAUGACGUUGCUGUUUGUGGCAGAUGCUACUUUGAUUAUUGACAGCUGCAGUUUCCACUAAAGCUGAGCCGUCAUUGAUAUUCAUACAGAACAAAUGUGUUUGCAGUUGGUUGUGCUUUCUUUCAUAUGAGCCUGCCAUUCACGCUUAAAGCAAUCGACUUGUUGCUGCAACCUUGAGGUCGCAGUUUUCAUGUAAAUAAAUGAAAGCGGAUUUAGUCCGAAAUCUGUAAAUAUAUAUAUAUAUAUAUA